AUGGAUCAAUUAUCGAUAUCCAUGCAGCUCCCAUCACCAACAUGCAUCACUUCCGAAAUCGACUCACCCGUCAAAUGCUGUUGGUCAAGUCGAGCUUCCCAUCGAGGUGAAACGUGCAUUCGGUCAUACCCAAAAGGGCAACGAGCUACUUCAUCCACAUCUGACUCAGUACUGGCCAAUGUUCCUGCAGGUCAUCCUACGGGGCUUGAAGUCUUAAGCGCCCGAUGGUGA